AUGGCUUCCUCCUUCCCAAGUUCCUUGUACUCCUGCUGUGAGGUCGGAGACUCAGAGGUGAUGAGCCUGUGGGAUUGGAGGAUCGUCUACUGCUUCAAUGCCUUUUGUUGUUGUGUUCAGAGUUCCAGAGGAAGAGAAGAUCUAGAGCAAGAGGGCAAGGAAGAAGAUGUUAAGCUUGGAGCUAACAAGUUCUCUAAGAGGCAGCCCAUAGGGACUGCUGCACAGUCUGAUAAGGACUACAAGGAGCCACCCCCAGCUCCUUUGUUUGAGACUGGAGAGCUGCAAUCGUGGUCCUUCUGGAGAGCAGGAAUUGCAGAGGUCAUGGCUACUUUCCUCUUCCUUUACAUCACUAUUUUGAUUGUCAUGGGUGUUAAAAGAGCUCCCAACAUGUGUGCCUCUGUGGGUAUUCAAGGGAUCACUUGGGCCUUUGGGGGUAUGAUCUUUGCCCUUGUCUACUACACUGCUGGUAUCUCAGGAGGACACAUCAACCUAGCUGUGACCUUCGGUUUGUUCCUUGCAAGGAACCUAUCUUUGACCAGGGCACUGUUCUACAUGGUGAUGCAAUGCCUUGGAGCCAUCUGUGGUGUCGGUGUUGUGAAAGGCUUCCAAAAGACUCAAUACCAGAUGUUGGGUGGUGGAGCCAACGAAGUCAGCCAUGGCUACACAAAGGGUGAUGGUCUUGGUGCUGAGAUCGUUGGUACCUUCAUCCUAGUCUACACCGUCUUCUCUGCAACCGACGACAUGGAAGAAGAAGAAGGAGAA